AUGGCCAUGCUAGCCCCCAAAUCCUACCCGGCGUCACUCGGAUCGGCGGCGUCUACACUGGUUGGUAACAGCCCUUCGGCCAACAUGCCGCCCACGAGGAGAGCCCACCCCAUGCCGUCGUCCGGUCAAGGCUUCGCCAGCCCUACCGAGUCGGAGUUCUCGGACCUGGAUGGUCCGGACGCGGUCAAGAAUUGGAACGAGGACCAAGUCGCCGAGUAUCUGAGAAGCGUAAAGUGCGGCGAAUAUGAAAAAUUAUUCAGGAAAAACCACAUCAACGGCGAGAAUCUGCUCGAGAUGGACAAGGAAGUAUUGAAGGAAAUGGGUAUCGACAAGGUUGGCGAUCGUGUACGCCUGUUUCUCGGCAUUAAGAAGUUGAGGACAAGAACUUAUGCCAAUGUCAAGAAGCGGAAUAGGGAUUCGUUUGGCGGAUUGGCAGACACUCAAUACACCCCGUCGACCGGGUCGCCCAGGCCCCCCAACUCUGCCAGUAGCAGAGCCAUGCCGACUCCGUCCUCAAAUAAGAGAUACUCGCGACAAGUAGAUCUCUCCAGCUUCAACAGUGGGUUGAGUGCUCCCAUUGACAGCGGGAAGGCAACCUCGCGACCCAGUUCCCCGUUGCCGAGCGCAGAUUUGCGUGCGGCCAGAGGCCAGAGAUAUCCCACCCAGCAAGGCUACAUGAGCAAUGCAGCCCCUAAUACAGGAAGACUCCCUAGCUCACCCCCGGAGCAACCCCAAUCCCAACGCCUGGUAAAUACCCACACCAGAAACCAAUCAAGUACGGAUGGCUCGCUGAUGGCUGGACUCCCACAGGGUCAAGACGUUAUCCGUGUCAUCUCUACGGGUGGUGUCACAAAGGUCGUGAAGAUCUCGGGAUGCAGCACUUGCGAAGAGGUCAUGCGGGUAACGUUACGAAAAUUCGCUCUACGGGAAGACCACGAUAGGAAUUACUGCUUCUGGGUGCUAGCCGGUGUCGAGCCUGAUCCUAAGCAGUGCCGGCGACUUGGUGACACCGAGCUUUGGCGCAUUAUCAAGGACCAGAAACGCCCCGAACGAGGCCGCCUCAUUCUCCGUAGAGUUCCCGCUGGUGAACCCGGAGACUCCGAGUUACAGAGAGCUGCAGCAAUCGCCAUGGAAGAGGCCCAGCAAACCCACGCACGAGGUCUUGAGAAUGUGCAAGAUAAGAGAAGCCAGCUCAAGGUACAAAAAUUAUUGGGUGAGAACUGGGAUGAAGGCCUGCAGCAACCACUUUCACCUCUUUCUUUCCAGGAUCGUGAGCGAAAUCUCCAGAGCGCUGCCAGAGACUUGGAGCGCCCAGCUCCUGCCGAUAUGAGGGGAGCACCUCGACGAAAGCUUCUUCGGCAGUUUGGCGGCCUCAGACCGCCCAGCGAGCUUAUUACGUCUGAUCUAACCUCUUAUUUCCCGGAUCAUCCCAAGGAUGAGAUUGAUCGAACCGCAAGACUAUCCAUGCGCCGUUCUACACGCCUCAGUAGAGUCAACAGCCGCCUUAGUGUCGCGAGUAACCUGAGUUUUGCGUCCAGCAUACAAGACGCUCCCCCCAUCCCAACGAUAGCAGAUAGUUGGCUCACUGCCAAUGGCCAAGCCAAACCCAGAACGAGGGAACCGAGUCGAUUGCAGCACCAAUACCGUGACUCAAUCGCCUCUUCCAUGCUCGGCACCUUGACGGAAGAAUCAUCUCUCGAGCCUAACCGCAAGUCAUAUGUUUCAUUUGCAGACAGUGGAUCUGACAGCGCGACUGGUAUUAGUAUCACCGAUCCCGAUGGUCAGAGCCACAUUAUGAGGCAGAGCUACUUUAGCGAGACUAGCACACAAGGCUCUGGUUCUCUGAAAGAGAUCUCUGAAGCACUGCAGCAGGACGGUGAAGAUGAAGAUGCUGAACUGGAGAGCUUCCUUGCCGGCGAUUCGUGGGAUGACAACAAGUGGAUGAAGGGUGCUCUCAUCGGACAGGGCUCCUUUGGCUGCGUCUACUUGGCACUUCAUGCCAUUACUGGUGAGCUUCUUGCUGUCAAGCAAGUCGAGGCACCCUCGCCAGGCGCCAACAGCCAGAGCGACUCCCGCAAGAAGAGCAUGAUCGAAGCCCUCAAGCGCGAAAUCAGUCUUUUGCGUGACCUGCGUCACCCCAAUAUUGUGCAGUACCUCGGAUGCAGCUCCUCUCAGGAGCAUCUGAACAUUUUCCUCGAGUAUGUGCCCGGCGGUUCCGUACAGACAAUGCUCAACUCUUACGGUGCCCUGCCUGAACCCCUUGUCCGAAGCUUUGUUCGACAAAUCCUUCAGGGUCUCUCUUACCUUCACAACCAAGACAUUAUUCAUCGAGAUAUCAAGGGUGCCAACAUUCUCGUCGACAAUAAGGGCACCAUCAAGAUUUCCGAUUUCGGUAUCAGCAAAAAGCUCGAGGCUACCAAUAUUCUCGGCGGCGCCGCCAACAAUAAGCACAGACCCUCGCUCCAGGGCUCCGUGUUCUGGAUGGCUCCCGAGGUGGUCAAGCAGACAUCAUACACGAGAAAGGCCGAUAUCUGGUCGCUUGGCUGUCUGGUCGUUGAAAUGAUGACGGGCAACCACCCGUUCCCAGACUGCUCUCAGCUUCAGGCAAUUUUCAAGAUUGGCGGUGGUCGGGCGACACCUACCAUCCCCGACACUGCGAGCCCCGAGGCCACGAGUUUCUUGAACCAGACCUUUGAAAUCGACCACAACAAGCGUCCAAGCGCCGAUGAAUUGAUACUCAGCGACUUCCUGAGUCCCGUUACUUAG